UUCAAGAUGGAGGACAUGGCGUGUUGUUGUCUUUUCUUUGCUUUUCAUGUUUCAUCUUCAUGCAGCUUUUAAGACUUCCAGUUUCUGACUUUCGCAGCAGCUAGCUCCAAAGAAAGAUGAGCAAGCAAUCUCAUUCUUCAAGGAAUUUCAAAUUGGUCCAUCAGACGUUGUGCAUAACAUCAAUAGACUUUCAGAGAAAAUGCCUUUUUGGUUUUGUGGAACUGAGGAUUCUACCAUUGGUACACAACCUCACCAGACUGAAACUCAACUGCAAACAAUGCAGAAUCAUGAGAAUAUGCAUCAGAGAUGAGAGAAAAUAUGACUGGUAUGAGGCUGGAUUUCAGCUGGAUGAUCAGAGAGGUAAACCAAUCUGUGGGGAUGCAAAGAAGAGAAACCUUGAUUAUUUCUUAGCCUGCCAACAAAAUUCUGUGUGUGAUUAUGAUCCUGAUAAAGGUGGAGGAGAAUUGACACUCAGAAUUCCUAAAGAAGUGCAGGCUUGUGCUAUGGAGCGUCGGCCGUUCAGAGUCAGUAUUGAGUACUCACUGGAUCAUCCUGAGACUGGUAUUCAGUUCAUUACACCAAAGGGAGAGGCAACAAUGGCAGAGCGAUCAGCGCACCUUUUUACUUAUGGAUAUGGAAACUCUUCAAGAAAUUGGUUUCCUUGUGUGGAUUCCUAUUCAGAAGUAUGCACAUGGAGUAUCGACAUAACUACUGACAAAGACAUGAUAGCUGUUAGUUGCGGCGAGCUAACAGACCAGAUUUUGAGUGCGGAUGAAAAAAGCAAGACAUUUCAGUAUGUGCUGAAUAUUCCUACCUGUGCUCCUAACAUUGCUUUAGCUGUGGGUCCAUUUGAGGUCCAUGUUGAUCCUAUCAUGCCAGAAGUAACAAACUUUUGCCUUCCUGGUCUUCUUCCUUAUCUCAAGCAUACUUCUGCAUUCCUGCAUGAUGUCUUUGAGUUUUAUGAGGAACACUUGAGCUGCCGCUUUCCCUAUGCACAAUACAAGCAGGUCUUUGUGGACGAGGCAUAUGAUACGAAAAUGACUUAUGCUUCUAUGGGAAUUUUCAAUACCAGCUUGCUGCAUUCACCUCGCAUCAUUGACCAAACAUUCCAAACCAGGAAAGUCCUGGCACAGGCUUUAGCUGAACAGUUCUUUGGUUGUUACAUCUGUAUGCAGGACUGGUCAGAUGCAUGGCUCUGCUCUGGUAUUUCUGACUAUCUUUAUGGACUGUUUGUCAAGAAAGUCUUUGGAAAUAAUGAGUACAGGCAUUAUAUAAUGAAGGAAAAUGACUUGGUGUGUCAGUACGAGAUGGAAGGUCCUGGACUGCCACCUCUUCAUUCACCUUUGAAUACGAAAACACUGACUGCUACUGGAAGCUCUUCUUCAAGCACCACCACCUCUGAUCAAACACCAAUAAUACCCUUCUCUGCCACCCAUCUUCACCCGCAGCUGAUCGGAGUGAAACAGAAGGAGGUGGCUUUGAGCAAGGCACAUCUUGUGCUCAGGAUGAUUGAGAACCGUAUUGGGCAGGAACCUCUGCUGCAGGUGUUCAAUAAGCUGUUGUCUUUGGCAAAUACUACAGCACAGCCCAAGGUGGACCCAAGUCUGUGGAAAAAUCUACUGGCUUCUACAUCAGGGUUUUUGAAAUCCAUAUCUACAGUAUCAGGCAAGGAUAUCAAUGUCUUUGUUGACCAGUGGAUAUGCCACACUGGUAUUGCUAAGUUUCAUGGCAGCUUUGUGUUCAACAGAAAGAGGAACAUCGUAGAACUUGACAUCAAGCAGGACUUGUCAAAAGGAACUGUCAAAUAUGUGGGUCCAUUAACAGUUUGUAUUCAAGAGUUGGAUGGAUCUUUCAAUCAUACUGUUCAAAUAGAGGACAUCACAAGCAGACAUGAGCUACCAUGCCACUCAAAGAGUAGAAGGAAUAAGAAGAAAAAGAUUCCUUUAAUGACAGGGGAAGAGGUGGACAUGAAUCUAGAUUCCAUGGAUUCAGAUUCACCUGUCCUUUGGAUACGUAUUGAUCCAGAGGUGACAUGGUUGCGCCAUGUAUCAUUUGAGCAGCCUGACUAUAUGUGGCAAUAUCAACUGAGACAUGAGAGAGACGUCAUGGCACAAGCUAAGGCAUUAGAAGCCCUAGCAAAAUUCCCAACACCUGCAACCAGAGAAGCUUUGAUUGACAUUGUCAAACAAAAGGAAUGUUUUUACAGAAUACGACAAGAGGCCUGUCACUGUUUGGCCAAGGUUGCAUCAUCGAGUGCAGACAGUUGGGCAGGUCAUGCAGCGAUGCUCAACAUCUUCAAAAACUUCUAUUCUUCAAAAUCUUGUCCACAAAUUAUUCGAUAUAAUGAUUUUUCAAAUUUCCUUUCCUACUUCCUUCUUAAGACACUACCAGUUGCUAUAGCAUCUAUCAGGAACAUCCAUACUCAAUGUCCACGAGAAAUACUUCAGUUUCUCCUUGAUUUGUUGAAGUACAACGAUAAUCGUAUCAACAAGUACUCAGAUGAUUACUACAUAGCUUCACUUAUAGAUGCUCUUGCAACGACUGUGACUCCCGGUGUCUGUAUGACAUCAACCACAAGUACUGGUAAACUAGUUGUUAAACUAAAAGAAGAAACACAGCUUGUUCUUACUGAAGUAACACGAAGAUUAAACCUAGAAAAGCUGCUGCCAUCAUAUCGAUAUACAGUAACCGUCAGUUGUUUAAAGGCACUAAGGACUCUACAAGUCAAUGGACAAGUCCCAGCUGACUCAAAAGUAUUUGAAUACUACUCAAGUUAUGGUCAUUAUGAAGAUGUAAGAAAGAGUGCCAUUGAUUGCCUUGUGGAAUCUGCAAAAGUGGAGAGAAGUGAGCAAGUUCUCAGUUCUCUUUUGAAUCUUGCUGAGAAGGACCCUUGUCCAUUUAUAAGACACUAUAUAUUACGAAGUUUAGCCGAAAACCCUCCCUUCACUAGGAAAACAGAAUCACCUCUGUGUACUGUAAGUGUGGUGGAAAAACUAUGGCAGCUCAUGAAUACUGUGAAUGAUGCGCGCUUACGUUGCGAUUCAUGUGACGUGUACAACGCCCUUUUUGGAAGACUCACUCCAACAUGUGUUCCUGCUCAAGGGAUGGGUAUUGUUAUUGACCUUAAAGAGAAGAAGAUCAUGAAUCUGUCCCCAUUAGCCAUACCAGGAUCACCGUCGGGAUCAGUAAGUGAUGGGGAGUCCACCGCGUCCAAGAAGAGUCACAAGAGAAAAAGAAAGACAUCUCGUCCACACUCGCCCAGCGAUCUGAGUCAUAUAGAUUCACAGCCAGGGACACCAAUGAGCAUGGAAUCUGCUUGUUCUGAAGGCGCCAAACUCAAGCUAAAAAUAAAGUUUGGUAACGAAGAAAGUGGUGUAGACAGCGGUGCUGAAUCGAGACCUAAAGAGACAGACAGUGGGUUACCGAGUGAACUUCGAAAGCACAAGAAAAAGAAAAAGAAACAUAAGCACAAAGAUGAAAAAGGCAAACGCAAAAUGAGCACCAGUAGUAGUAACUACGACUCGCCUCUUAUGUUCGACGCGAAUGCCGUAUCUUCCAUUUGAUCCCUCUACCCUACCCCCGACGCACGUCCCACUCCCCCCUCCCCCAGCACCAGUAGUAGUAACUACGACUCGCCUCUUAUGUUCGACGCGAAUGCUGUAUCUUCCAUUUGAUCCCUCUACCCUACCCCCG